AUAAUUACAACAAUCAUUUAAAAUAUCCAAGUGCGCCAGAUUUAUUAAUUAUUUGAUAAAAUAAUAAUAAAAUAUCCGCCCCUGAACCCCUUGUUUUGCCAUAUAUGGCAGAGAGGGGCGGGGAUAACAUUUACCCGCACGUGCUUUCAUUCGUUAGCGACUGAACUGUUGACCCUGAAUUCGAUACCAAAUUCUGGUCCUGCUGUGUUCAGGUCCAGACGACGGUGUUACGGUUUAAGAUCCCGGUUACAAGAGAGAAAACCAGGCUGGAACGCGGGUUAAACCAGGCGUCUCUUUUACUACAAUGAGCAGCUUGAUGAACGAGCUGAACGCCACUGAGCAAUGCAGACCCACCUCCCCUGACUCUGAGAAGCCCCCGCCAACAGACCCCUGCACUCAGACAGCACAUGAUGUCCCUGAAUUCUACACGGAGGUCUCUGUUCCGAAUGCGCCCUCUACUGACUUCAGUGUGUUCAGCAUCAGUGUCCCUCCCCAUCAGGACAUGAGCUCAGCCGCAGCGUUGGAUCCUUUCAACCACAGCAGGAUCCAGCCCCCCCUCAGUCAGCUGACCUAUGCAGAGAGUCUGAAGCCCCAGCUGGGCCAGUAUCAGGUCCUCACAGGCCCUACUCCUGGUCCAUCAGACAGCAGCUCAGCUGCAGCGAUGUGGAUUUCUGAAGGAACUUAUCUCUCCGGCAUGAUGGUUGAUUACCACCAGCAUGUGGAUGUGGACAGCCAGUGGAUUGAGCGUGGUCUGGUUGAAACCUCUUCUCACAUCACACAUCAGGUGCUGUGUGGUGAUGGAAGAGGGGUUCAGCUUCCUCCCUCCCAGCUGGGGUAUUGGACUCUGAUGCCAAAUGAUGGAGCAUCUGCAAGGAAAGGAGAUCACAACAUAUUGGAAACUUCUCACCAGCUUCAGCUGGCAUCUUCUCGGGAUGAGGGCGGAGUUCAAACCGCUGACGGACGAUCUGCUGCCUCGGUGCACAGAGCCGUCAGACCCCAGUGUGAUUCCAGACCCAGAAAAGCCUGCCACUGCACCAGGUCCCGCUGCCUCAAACUGUACUGCGACUGUUUCUCCAGCGGCGUGAUGUGCAGCAGCUGCAACUGCAUGAACUGCCACAACAACGUAGAAAACGAAAGCCAGCGUCAUGAGGCCAUCAAGUUGUGUUUAGAUCGGAACCCCAGCGCCUUCAGGUCAAAAAGUGCUGCUCGGAAGUUUGCAGAAUCCAGAGGUUGGCAUAGCAAAGGCUGCAGCUGCAGACACUCCGGCUGCCUGAAGAAGUACUGCGACUGUUACGAGGCCAACAUCAAGUGCACAUCCAGCUGUAGGUGUGUUGGCUGCUGUAACUAUGACAACCUCGGUCGUGCAGCAGAACUGGCCUCUGCGGUCACGGUGGAGACGGUGUGCCAGUCUCUGCUGGCUCAGGCUCGUCAUGCUGAGCGCAGAUCCCUGAGUGCAGCUGCAGCAGAGCACCUCAUCUUGGAGCAGUUUGGACAUCACUUGGCUCAGAUUGUCAAGAAACUGUAAAACCAUCUGCAUCUACAUGGAAACACACCUGAAGACCCUUUACUACAUAUCAGUGCUUUAGCAGAAACUCUGUUCUUUUAGGUUUCUAGUAAAAGGAGCUGGUCUUCAUUUGUUAUUCUUUCCAUUGCACAGAACAAAAGUUCUGCUUUGAAACAGUUGAAAUGAGAAAUACUGUAAAAUUCUAUUUAUUUCCAAUGUAUUUAUUGUACUUCAGCUAGUGUGUGCAGCCUUGUAACAUUGAUGAUGUCAUUGUGUUUAAUAAACGUGUAUUUAUGCUGUUCA